UUCUGUUAAUCCAGCUGGGUAGUGCCUCUGUGCAUUGCUGUACUUUUGCAAUUUGAUGAAUUCCCAACAGAUGACAGGAAGCGUCACAUUUUAAAGCAGCAACUUUUUUGGGGGAUUUUGCACACAACCAGUGGGAGGUUUCACAUCAGAUCAGAGCCUCUCGUACCAGAGGUGGCACUCAGCUCCACGGGACUCUGCUGAGCCGAACAAUGAAGUCCCGUCCAGCCACUGUGAGUGUGCUGCUGCCCAUCGCCCUCCUCCACAGCUUCGUCCCUGUGUGUUUCGGAGCUGCAAUUCCCAUUUCGUGUGGUUCCAUCUACAAGCGUUUUGCUCAGUGUUUGCUCACACUCGGGGACAGUUUGGCGGAAACAAAAAAAGACCAGAGCACACAGGACAUCGAUGCUAUCUGCAGGUCCUGGAACGCGUUUCACGUUUGUGCCAACUCGGCUCUGGCCGGCUGUCCUGGAGAACCAGCAGCUGUCUGGGAGUCUCUAAGACAAGAGUCCAGGAAGACACAGUUUUCUGGAAACCUCUACGCCAUGUGCGCCAGUCGCACCACCGUCCCACCCAGCACCGUGCCUGCACCCCAGAGCCCCCCCACCUCAGACCAGUCCAACCAGGAGACUCUGAAAGGACGAGCAGACCACCACAGCCCCACCCUCAUCACGCUGCUGUUCCCGGUCUGCUGCACACUGCUGGUUCUGAUCAGCAGUUAGUUAACUAAUAUUAGUUGGUUAUUAAUCAGAGUGCUGCCAGCUAGAGUCCUGCUCCUCUACAAUCCAAACACACUCUGUACAAGUCAGACUCUUCAUGAUCACAUGUUGUUCAUAAAACAAGGAGUUCAAUAACUGUUUGUUUAGGGUUCUUACAUGGACAAAGUGGUGCACAUGUAUAAGCAUUAACUAAAUAUGUUCAGUUUACCGUAUGCCUUGAUCUUGCUUUCAUUCUGAUACGAAUAUUUAAAGUCAAGCAUACUGGUAGCUGCUCAUCUGUGUCCCUUAAGAUCAGAGGAUUGUGCAACAAAUGCAAGUGUUUAACUGACUGUGAUUAAAUUCACUUUUUAUAAGUAAGUCAGAGUGACAGCAACAAUAUAGGAGAAAAUGCAAAAUCUCUCUUACUUACUGAGGUUACUCAGCUGAAAAAAACCCUGAGUUAUAAACAAAUGUAUGUCAUAAACACUUUCAUUUAUUUAUUUUACCACUGCUGCAGUUCAUCGGCAAUGCCAUAUGAUAUUAGGACAAAAGAGAUUUUCAGGGAUGUUGCGGUGCCAGGUGUUCAGAUCUGCCCCUGAUCCAAUCAGGUGUGAUCCAGAGGACAGAAUUAUUACUGGGCGCAACGCAGUACUUUUUUUUUUUUUUGUGCAGUGGGUUUAAUUCAUCGCCUCGUUUGACCGGUUUGAUGAAAAUCAGAUUCAUGUGUGGAAGCACUCUCUGAUGUGUUGCUAAAUGUUAUCACUUGUUUAAUACUUUGCCAUUUUACAUAGUUUUUCUAGCUUUUAAGAAGUAUUUUUUUGUAUUUUAAAUGAAAUAGUUGAACUUUAUCAGUGUAGCAUUUUGAUUUGUCCCCCAUGGGGCAAUUCAAAUGGAUGCAUAGCUAGGGGUAAUCUGUUAGCCGAGUGGAUAGGGUGAACACCACAGGGGCGCAAAUGCCUUCAGUCCCUGGUUUGAUGCCUGGCUGACCCGGAGCUUUACUGCAUGUCAGUCUCUUUCUUCCUUUCUCCCAAAUUUCCUGUUUCUCUCCACUGUCACUGUUUUAAAAAUGCCAAAAAUAUCUUUAAAUAAAAUGGGCAUCUCAAUAAAACCCAUGACAAAUACUGAGCACCAAAAAAGAACAACCAAGUACAACAAGUGUAUGUGUGAGUUAGCAUGGGGAAGAGGAUGUGGGACGUUUUCCAGGUGUUUCCCAAGUUUUAUUCUGUAAAUUAAUGUUAUUAAAUGUUGUACAGCUUUUCUUUGAUACUGAUAGAGCUCUGUUAUCACACACGCUUCUUUUCAUUCACUGGUGUUCACGGUACCAGAGUGUUCACUGUAUUAUUUUGUAGUUUUACAUUAUUUCAAUGUGCUCUCAGCAUUAUGGAAUGACACACGCCACUUUGUUUCAUUCUGGUUUUUACCCAGCAAGGAAAUCAAUUAAAUAUAUAUUUACAUGCAUAAUGCUUAGUCAUUUUAAGAGUCUUUGCAACUUCUUGACAUGAUCUGUUUUUGUGUCAGAUAUUGUGCGUAGGCCUGUGCGUGCGUGCGUGCGUGCGUGUGUGUGUGUGUGUGUGUGAUCUUAAUACUCUUAAGCUGUUUCAUAACAGCAGAAUCACGAGUGGAUUAAUCUGUCUUUAUUCGCCCACGGUGGAGCAGGUUGCACCUCAAAACAACCUUAGUGUCGUCAAAGUGCUACAAGUGAAAUACAACGUGUUGCUGUGUCAUGAAGUGAACAAGUGUGACAGCUGAGGGUCACAGGUGAAAAGCUGAAUUGAUUAAAUUACUGUACUUGUCAGUGAAAUGUCAGGAGGACAUGCUUUAUGUUCUUCUUUUUAAAGAUUAAUGUGUUACACUGAUUAAAUUCCUGGUCACCUCACGUUCACAGGUUUCAUGGCUUAUUUGAAUAGUGCUUUUUCAUAGCUUUGGGUGUAAACAGCUGGUUCAAGCUUCUAUUUUGUUUACAAGACGGUGGUAUUUGAUUAGCCUGAAAUCAAUCACACUGCACGUGAAGAAGUGUCUGACUUUACCUGCUCACAUGUGUUUUAAAGACAGAAUAAAACCCUGAUUGGGUCAUGACAUCUCAUUUUCUAUGCAGAAGUUUUUUUCCCACAAAUUAUGGCAGGUAACCAUGAACAAAGAGGGAGGGAUGCAAAGCUGUUGGACCUGACUGAUCAUCAGAACUUGGUUCAUUUUUAACAAUCUGAAAGCAUAACAAAGGUGUUGCUGUUGUUUCACUGACAAUCUAAAGGAAGUGCGUUUGUGAAAGAGUACAGAACAGUUAGAACAAAUGUCUACAUAUAUAUAAAGAUUAAACCGAUGAAAGACAACUAACCAGUGAAGAAAAGUAAGUGACUCCAAGUUUGUGAACUUUUUUUGAGGUAUUUAAACAUUAGCAAAUGGAGCAAAAUUGCAAUUUUGGUGAAAUAAUUAUGAAAAGAAAGAAAUAAAAGAUUCUUCAGUCAAGUCGAUAUAACUGAAAACUGCCCACUGUAUGUAAUUUACAUCUUUCUGUUUCUUCAAAGGCAUUUUGUAAAAUGAUGUCAUUAUGAACGAUGCACUUUAGUAUCUACCUUAAAAACAGGAUAAAGGUGUUUUCUUUACUUUCGAAACUGAAUCCUGACAUAUUCGUUAAAACAGUUCAUGACUGGAGGAUCAACGACAGAAUCUCUGAACUGUCCCAGAACACCUUGAUGUUCCUGCUCACUUUAGUCUCCCUUUGUCCUGCAUUCACUGGAGAAAAUCUGCAAAGACUUCACCAUGAAGUGUUUCUGAGGAGCCCUACAGCCCUCAUUCUGUGCACAACUGUUAAAAUGUUAAGAUAUAACAAGUGUUCUUUUGUUUUAUUUCUCUUUUUAUCCCUAACUGAGAUCCAUCAUCUCCUCUGAAGUCAGUGAUGUAGAACAACAUUUAUGGGAUGCUCUCUUCUCUGUAACAGAUGGUGUGUGCCAUGAAACAUGGAGAGGAUUAUGUAUUCCACAUGUAGGACAUUGUACUAGCCGAUCCAAACUGCAAGGAUUUUACUUCACCAUGACGUACUGUAUAUGCUACAACCCUGUAAGCUGCAGAACACCUCUUCAUGUAUGAUUCUGUGAGCAAUACAUUAAACAAAUAUGAAAUCA